UGGAAGAGAGGCCGGCUUUGCUGACACAGGCAUCCGUGAUGAAGUUGUCGGUGGCACCAAUGUCGAGAAGGGCCCGAAACUUCACCGUCGAUGCUCCAAAGGAGACGCCGACGAACUUGAGCUGGAACUGGGCGGUCCCGGCACAAGCGGAGGAGAUCAUGGCGUUGAGGCGGCGCUGCUCGAGGCCUAAUCUAACAAGCCGAGUGUGUCGGUCUUGUUCCUCAACGAGAUCGGAGAAAGUGAUGGUGGAGGGGUUGGGGAGGAGGGUAGUGGAACAUGUGGCCGUGGGGUGCUCAGCCGACGCAAUAGAGGACGUUGUCGGGAGGAGGGCAGGCGGAGUAGACUGCGACGCCUGGGGGGUGUCCCGUGUGAGAGUCGUCGCCGACAGACGAAUUGUUGAUGCCAAGACAUGGCUACAAGGGGCUGGGGGACAGUGUUCAAGUGGAGGAGGGCCCAAAGGUCGCGGUGGAGGAGGAGGAAGUGGAUGUGGGAGGGCUGGAUCUAGUGGGGCGGGAAGGCUGGUGGGUGGAGCGGCCGGCCUUGGGGCAACUGGUUUGCUGAUGCCCCAGCUGGCGGCAACGGAAACAACCGCCGUUGGCCUGGAGGAAGGCGCGUUCGGCGGGGGUGAGCUUUUUGAGACGAGGGGGUUGGGGGGAGGAGGAAGGCUGGGAGGCCAGGCGUUGCCGUUCCAUCCUCAUGAGAUGGACAGCUGGGAAGUCUUCCUCGCAGAGGUGAGGAAGGCGAUCAUGGUGAAGAAGGCGGGUAAGGAGAUCGGUGAGAGGGAGCUCGGGCUCAUGGGCGAGCGCUGCGGCGAGGUGGGGGAAGCAUACCCGCUUGAUGCGGGAGAUGAAGACGUAGUCGGGAAUGAUAGUCGACGGGAUGUGGAGGCGGAGGGAGCGAACGUAAUGGAUGAAUCGCUCGGUGGGGCCGGUUUGGCGGAGGUUGCAAAAUUGAUGGAUGUAGUCAUCGAUGAUCUUUUGCGGACGGAAGGUGGCGAUGAGAAGGUCGGCCCAUUGAAGGAAGGUGAUGCGGGGAAGGCCGUUGGCUCGGCGGUUGUUGGCUUCUGUUAACCACCAUUGAGCGGCGGCGCCUUGGAGGCGGGAGGUUGCGGUGGGGAGCCAAUGAGCGA